UCCUCACCUGAAUAUUAUCAGAACCUCUGAAAUAAUUAAGAGACAUAAGGAGGCAAAACUCAUUUAAACACGGAACAAUCACAGGUGAACCAACCUGAUAUUUACAAUGGUACUUGAAACCUCUCAGUUCAACACUGUCACCACAUAAACAACUCUGCUGGUUUGCCACACUCAUUGAUAUUGGAGCUGCUUGAGGAGUUUUAAAAAGACACCCAUGCCAGAGAUCCAUUUAGGCCAAAUAUUUUCCUGGAGAUGGGGCAUGCCCAUCUUUAAAAAAAAGUUUUCUACAUAAUUCUGAUGACAUCCAAGAUUGAGAAAUGCAUAUAUAGACACGAUAUAAUUUGAUUGUAAAACAAGAUUGCAGAUCUUACAAAGCCUGAGGUACUCCCCGAGGUUGAGUAAGGUGAUGCUGACCCACCCGCUGAUCUGCUUACAAGCGAAGAUGCCUCAGCCUAGCAGGUGGUCAGGUCCAAUAAGCUAACAGACACAUCAGAUGUACAUAUGAUAUUUUCACAAAAUGAUUCUUUUUACGAUUGCACUGCAUGAAUCAUAUAUGAAGGAAAGAAUUUCAUGUUGUGCUGUUACACAACUUACAGUAAUAGUAUUUGCCCAAAUCAAUUUAAUUUAUUCUUUGUUGGUUCUAAGAUUAAGUGUGAGGUUGCAAUUAUAACUGAAGUUCUGUUAAACGGAAACAUAUUUUCACAAGAUGGUCUCUUCUUCAAGGUGUUUGUCUCUUAUCUCAUCUCUUCUUCCAGGUAAAGUCCCAAGUAUGCUUUUUUUCUCACAAAGCGUGCAGGAAUGGUGGUGUCUAUUUUCAGCGAAUUCCCUCUUACAGGCUUUUUUUUUCCUGCCAGUUUUCCUGGGCUCACAAGGACUUCUUUGGAGUGUCUCCCCCUGGACAGUCUGCUGUACUCUCAGGAGUAAACCUAUCUGGACUCUGGGUGGAAACAUUACCAUCCCUUCUCAUUUCCUGCUGCUCCUUGGAAAGGCUUUUCUCUUUAUCUACAGGUCACUUCUUCUGCAGAGCCAAGUGCUCCGUGGCUCAGCCAGCCGAGCAGGAAGGGGAGUAUUUGGAACUUUGCAAGAACGAGUUAAUCUCCGUGAAGAUCUCAGAAGGGGAAUCAGAGUGGGAAGGCGUGUCCUUAGUGACUGGCCAGCGGGGCUUGGUUCCGGUGUCAGCCCUGGAGCCCUUGCCUGUCCCUUUCCAUCAGUGGUUCCUAAAGAAUUAUCCAGGAAGCUGUGGCCUUUCCAGGAAGAGGGACUGGACAGGCUCCUAUCAAAUUGGAGCAGGAACUCUGCGUUCUUCAGUGAGGAGGAGAGAAGUUCUCUGUGGGCCUUGGGGAGCGACCGAAAAGCCGAGUGUGCCAGCUUCCUCCACACACUGGCUCACACGGACAUCGCAUCUGUCUACCGUCUGAGUGGCUUUGAAUCCAUCCAGAAUCUUCCAAAUGACUUGAGUGCAACCCAGCCCGAAGGCUUCAAGGAGGCCAGGUCUGGCACAGCCAGGAAGGAGCAUCAGGCUGUGGGCUCCAGAUGGUCCAGCAGCUCUGAGGACUCCAGUCUGGAGGAGGAGCUCCUUUCAGCUGCUUCAGACAGCUACCACCUGCCGCAUCCUGAUGACCUCGACGACCCGGAGCUGUUCAUGGACCUAAACACUGCUCAGGAUGAGGAGGAUGCUGAGAAUUUUUCCCCUAUAUUGGGUUUUCUGGAUCAUGAGGGUUACACUGACCAUUUCAAGAGUCUCUAUGAUUUCUCCUUCUCUUUCCUCACCACUUCUUCCUUUUACUGCUUUUCUGAGGAGGAUGAGCUUAUGGCCUACUUGGAGGCCUCAAGGAAGUGGGCCAAGAGGAGCCACAUGACCUGGGCCCACGCGCGGCUCUGCUUCCUCCUAGGACGGCUGAGUGUUAGAAAAGUCAAGCUCUCCCAGGCCAGGGUGUACUUUGAGGAAGCCAUCCACAUUCUCCAGGGGGCGUUUGAGGACCUAUCCCUGGUUGCUGCUUUGUAUAUCAAUUUGGCUGCCAUCUACCUGAGGCAGAGGCUGAGGCAUAAAGGUCCAGCCCUGCUGGAAAAGGCCGGUGCCCUGCUGGCCUGCUUGCCUGACCGCGAGUUCAGUGCCAAGAAUGAACUUGAUGUAGUGGCCUAUGUGCUGCGCCAGGCAAUUGUGGUGGGCAGCAGCCCCCUGGAGGCCAGGGCCUGCUUUCUGGCCGUCCGAUUGCUCCUGAGCCUAGGCCGGCAUGAGGAGGUUCUGCCCUUUGCUGAGCGCCUGCAACUUCUCUCUGGACACCCUCCUGCCUCCGAUGCUAUAGCCACCAUCUUGAGUUUUCUGUAUGACAAGAAAUACCUUCCACAUCUUGCAGUGGCCUCGGUCCAACAACGUGGCACUCACAGUGCCCAUGGGAUGCCUCUUCCAAUGUGGCAGGUCUGCUUGGUCCUCCAGAACACCACCAAGCUCCUGGGCAUGCCCUCCCCAAACUGGGGUGAAGUCUCUGCACUGGCUUGCCCAACUCUCAGGCAGGCAUUGGCUGCCUGUGAGGAACAGACUGACUGGAGCACUCAGAGGGCCUUGUGCCUCAUCCUGUCCAAAAUGUACCUCCAGUACAGGUCUCCUGAUGGUGCCAUCUACUACCUGAGCCAGGCCCUGGCGCUAGGGCAGCUACUGGGUGAGCAGGAAGCCUUUGAAUCUUCCCUCUGUCUGGCAUGGGCCUAUCUUUUAGCAAGCCAGGCGAAGAAGGCUUUGGAGAUCCUAGAGCCACUGUUCGGCUCCCUGAAGGAGACAGAGAGUGUCACCCAGAGGGGAGUAGUCCAUAACCUCCUGGGACUUGCACUUCAAGAUGAAGGCCAGGUGAGCAGGGCAGCCAAGAGCUAUCUCCAGGCCUUGAACACAGCUCAGGAGACAGGAGAUUUGCACAACCAGGCUGUGACUAUGGCCAAUCUUGGCCACCUGACACUUAAAGCUCAGCAGCCAGCCAAGGACUAUCUUCUGCGAGCAGUUCGACUGUAUUCUGAACUCCAGGCCAGCAAGGACACAGAUACGGAAUUGGUACAGGUGCUCCUCUGGCUGGCCGAAGUUCUGGUGUCUGGACGCCAGCUGACCCAAGGCCAGCUUUGUUAUGAAAUGGCCCUGCUGUUUGGCUUAAGGCAUCGACACCUAAAGAGUCAGCUUGAGGUCACCAAAUCCCUCUGCCAUUUCUACAGCUCUGUGUCCCCAAAUCCUGAGGCAUGCAUCACCUACCACGAACACUGGCUGGCCCUGGCCCAGCAACUCAGGGACCGGGAGAUGGAGGGGAGCCUGCUGGAGUCCCUUGGGCAGCUCUAUCGUAACCUUAGCACAGCCAGGUCCCUCAGGAGGUCUCUCAUCUGCAUCAAAGAGAGCCUGCGCAUAUUCAUUGACCUGAGGGAGAGAGACAGGGCUGCAGGAGCCUGGCUGGCGGCAGGAAGACUUCACUACCUCCUGCAGGAAGACGAGCUGGUGGAGCUCUACUUCCAGGCAGCCAUCCAGACAGCCUUCAGGGCAGAGCAGCCCUCCUUGGCUCUCAAACUCUACGAAGAAGCAGGCGAUGUGUUCUUCAAUGGGACCCGCCACAGGCACCGCGCGGUGGAGUAUUACCGGGCUGGGGCCGUUCCUUUAGCAAGGAGGAUGAAGGCACUCAGAACUGAGCUUCGGAUUUUCAACAAGCUGACAGAGCUGCAGAUCAGCCUUGAGGGCUAUGAGAAGGCUCUGGAAUUUGCCAUGCUUGCUGCCAGGCUGAGCACAGUCACAGCCUUCCGAUUCCUAGGAGAUCAGAAGCAGAAACUGGUGGCCUUUCACCGCCUGGCUACAGUGUACUACUCACUGCAUAUGUACGAGAUGGCUGAGGACUGCUACCUGAAGACUCUUUCCCUUUGCCCACCAUGGCUACAGAGUCCCAAGGAGGCACUGUAUUAUGCUAAGGUGUAUUAUCGGCUCGGUCAACUCACCUUCUACCAGCUGAAGGAUGCUCAUGAUGCCACUGAGUACUUCUUGUUGGCCCUGGCUGCAGCAGUCCUGCUGGGUGACGAGGAGCUGCGGGACAUAAUUAGAAGCAGGCUGGACAACAUCUUCCAGAGCCCCUUGUGGCACAGAAGUCCCUCAGGGUGUUCCUCAGAGCGGGCGCGGUGGUUGAGCAUUGGAGGCCUGGCCCUCUGAGGACAGCUACCUCUGACCAUUUGCCAUGGCUGGAUGCUGCCUCCCUGUCCGAGGCUCUCAGAUAUCGAGGGGUGGCUUUGAGUCCUCUCCUGGCCCAGGCCGCUUGUUUGCCAGGAGAAGAGCAAUGUCCAGAGGGAGAAGGUCUCAUCCUGGACCACACACGGAGCUGACAGUGGAGCCACAGUGGACCAUCCUAGCUUGGGGCCUUAUCUCUGGAUUUGUCUCCAGGUACCUGUGGCCUUUCCACACAGGUGGCCUAUGAAAUGCAGUUUCUCAUCAUGUAGUUCUGGAGAAAAUUAGAAAACCUUACCCCUUACCUCAGAAUCUUUCUUUCUUCCCCCAGUGAGGAAAUCAGGCACUAUUCUAGUGAAAGUCAGGCAGAUUAAAGUUUGUGCCUGUCACCCAUUUUCACAGAUCCUGCUACUUGUCAAGGGAAGAGCCCGUGGUCUUUUUUCUCAAAACCAAAGGAGGUGCCACUCCUUGUGCUCAUGGGGACUGACACGUGAGGAUUCACCAUGCUCGUUAGCUAAAAAGGCAGCCUCAGGAUGGCUAGGUAGACACAGGGCACGAGGCUGCUGCUGGCUGGGAUUCAUGUCUCCAUCCUGCCCCUGGCUAUGUUCCCACAUGACCUUCCAGAAGCUGCAGUGAAGCUUGUGAGGGACCAAGGUUUGAAAUAGAAUAUUAAGCAUAUUGUGACAUAAAUUACAUGUAAAUAGUAUACAUCAUUAAAUAUCGAUCAUCGACAUUCACACACACACACACACACACACACACACACACAUUUUGUCUCCUUUGUCUUGGGUACAAAUGAGAUCAGAGUCUUGAAGGAUGGGUUAAAUACCAAGAUGUCUUAUUGGUUUCAGGGUAGCUCUUCACAGAGCACCUCUAUUAGUAAUCUAUCACUGCAUGAUACAGGGAUGGCUUGAACAACAGUUAUGGAUUAUCUUACAGUUUCUGUGGGUCAGAAAUCCAAGUGCGACUUGACUGAGUCCCCUGACUCAGGGUGGCUCUUGGGGCUGCAGUCAUGGUGAGUUCAGCUAUAGAAGGAUCUGUGGCUGUCAGAUCACACACCUGUUGGCGGGGGUCAGUUCCUUGCUGACUGUUGGCCACCAUGUGGGCCUCUCCAUGGCAUGGUUCGCAGCAUGGCAGCUCACUUCAUCAGAGUGAGCAAGCCAGCAAAUCCAGACAGCAGCAGUCACUGUCUUUUCAUAACCUGAUUGCAGAGUGACAUACCCUUAGCUUUACCUAUUCUAUCAAGUGGGGCCAUUCUGCAUAGAAGGGGGUUGGUAGUUACCAAGGGCAUGAACACCAGGAGAUGAGAACUUACUGGGGUCAUUCCUGGAGUUACUACCAUUGCAUGAGUCUUUUGGGAGUGGGAUCAGGUAUUGUCUAAGGCAGUGAACUCAAGAAUGUGUUCCACCGAUCAGGGGCAACAAAUGCACCAGUGAGAGUGUUUGAAGUGCAAAUUCUUUGACUCCAUCUAAGAUCUCCCAGUCAGAAGCUCUGCACCCCAGAGGCUUAACUCUGGCAAACUCCCCAGGUGAUUCUAAAUAGAGUUGAGGAGCAGUGCUCUAGAACAGAUUUUCUUGGGUAGGUUGCCCUUGGGAAAACUAGUUGAACAUGAACUUUUUGGUUCCCACUGCUAAAAAAUCAGUAGGUCAGUAGUUCAAGGGUAUACCCCAGGUGUGUGCAUGUUUCAUGAAGUCAUUCACCCUUGCUCUGAGCAGUGUGAGCACACCUGAAAUCAGGCUGUCAUUCUCUUCACCUGAUACCCAUCAUCUUUGAUUUGAUGGCCAAAUCAUCUGUCCUUCAUUUCUAGCUUUUUGGGCUUUACCAGAUGUUGGCUGUGUGCCGGGUGGGAAAGAAAGGGUCCAUGGAGUCCCUGGAGAAUCUUCUGGUCACCAAGGUCAGCUGCACAAUGGCUCAUCUCCUCUCUUAGGGUCUUGGUUGGAAAGGCUCUCCGCUCUUGAAAGGAUUCUUUCCCAGGAAGGGAAUGAAAUGGUCUAACCCACUGCUAUGUAAAAUAGAUGCGGUUUUGUUCCCACCACAAGCUACAAAAUCUCCAAACUGGGAGGAAUGUUGUGGCUGAUGUUAGCCGUCUAAUCUCCCACGUAGCGUCCUUUCAGCAACAUUCCCUGGAGAUGGCCAGGGGCACAUGCAUUCCAGAACACUUACGCAUCUUAUAUUUGAAGAUCGCUUGGCCUGGAACUCGUACCACGAGCUGUGCCACAUCUGACUCGGGUUACAGAGCUUCUCCCUCUUCCCAGCCGCUCACCAUUGUCCUCUGGCCAGAUUUGACGCUGCUCCCCUGAAUGUGUGAUUCCCGGGGGUGUCCAGAGCUGUUGACCUUGGUUGGUGGGUGAAGAGUGCCGACGGUCACUGUAAUGAAUGUAAGAUGGUGCAUCUUCACUUUGUGUUAAGGUUUUCCUUCUCUCUGGCAUCCAUGUCUUAAUUUGGCUCACACUGAGCUUUGUAAUCACUUGAAACUCCUACAUCUUCUCACUUGAACUUUCUCUUUGGUCAGGUAUUUAUUAAUUGCUGCACAUAUGCAUACACAUGCCCAUGCUCUCCCACGUACACAGACACACAUGAAGGGCAAUCUAUCUAUCUAUCUAUCUAUCUAUCUAUCUAUCUAUCCCUUUUUUAUUGUGUUGGAAGUUUUGGUCGGAAUUUUCUAAGUCUGUGCAUUAUUAUUAAGCUGUAAAUACGGUAAAUUUGUCUCCUACUGGGUCAGACAGAAAUGUCCAAGAUGCUCCCAAAGACAAGGGUAAGACUAUUUUUUUCAGAUGUGCAAACCAUUGUAUUAUAUAAUUGCAUUCACUACAUCCUAUAUGUAAAUUGCUUGUUAAAAUAGCCUUUAAAAUAUUCAAAAAAUCUCUUUAAACGUGGGCUAACUCUUCUUCAUGGACUUGUGUUGAUGCUUUUUUUUUUCCUCAUGAUCCUCAUAGAGUGAAGUGAUGAUUAGAUUGGUUCUCUAAGCAGAUUUUAUUAUCUAUAUGUCAUAGCCAAAGCUGAUCCUCCUUCCAAAAUUUUCAAGGACUGCUUGACCCUUGGUUACUUCUGCCUAAUCUAAAUAAAGCUGAGUGUGGUGGCACACACUUGUAAGUCCUGCACUCUGGGAAGCUGAGGCUGGAGGGUCAC